UCCUGGGGGGCACCUUCUAUUACCCAUCCAGCAUAAGGUAAACAAAAGAGACAUUGAUUACACGUUCAGGAAACAGGCGCUAAGUUCCUUUUUUUAUUAUUCCAAAAUUUGCAUGGAAUAAAUGAAUGGAAUCUUGCAGGCGAUAAAAUAGGGAUCCCGAGGCUCAGAGUGACAGCAGUUCCCUGAGCCGUCUACAGACACGAGGCCCUGCUCCCGGAGAUCUGACAUGGAGAAGACUCAGCUGGCUGCGAUGUGCUUCCUGCUCUCGACGUUUGUGGCCAGCCAGGCCUUCCAAUGCAUGUCCUCCUCAAACUGUUGUGAAGAGACGACACUCAAUAAAGUCGUGAAGAAACUCACUGACCAUUCCUCCCAGUCCACCCAGUCUGCCCGUUCCUCCCGGUCCGUGUCUUCCUCUGACGACUGCCGCUCGAUUCCUGGUGUAAAGAACAUGGCCUCCAGUUCCCCUUGGCGAUAUGUGGAAGACAUCCAGGACUCCCGCUACCCUCGACUCCUCUGGAAAGCCCAGUGUAUCUGCCAAAAUUCCUGCGUCUCCUUGAGGCACCCUGUGGAAAAUGCCACCGAAAAGACCUUCGUCCAGAAGGAGGUAAACGGGGAGUCCGUACCAAUCUUUGCCGACACGACUGUCUACUAUCGGAGGCCUUGUGCGAAUGUCGACAAGUCCUUCUACCUUGAGCCGCAGAAAUAUCCUUUGCCGGUGGCCUGCACCUGUGUGGCCACACAGUGAGGCUUCGAAGCGGGAAGGGGAUCCCCAGAGCAAAACCGUGGAUGGGAUUCAGAGGGAGGGAGCCUCUGAACAUGUGCAGAGUUCAUUUCCCUCACAGGCUGCCACCCGCAUGUCCACCCACAGGACCUGGGUACACCAGAACCUCACUGUCUCUUUGCUCAUUUCUAACUUCAGAAUUAAUUGCAGUGAAAAGGAAAAGCUCCCUCA